UUAAGAACAAGAUUUAACCGUGUUUUUACCACAUUGUAAUGGAUAUUUGUCAUGAAAAUACGGCUCAUAAGUACUCAUAACUCUUAAACAAAUAUACUGACCGGUAUUCAAUUUUGACAUUUACACUACAGUUUUACAUGUAUUUAUUUUGUACAUCGUAGCCGGAGAAGUCCAUCGCUUAUUAUAAUAAUGAAUUAAUUAUCAACUGUAAAAUUACUAACUGAAGUUCGGCGAAGGAUUGGAUCCACUAAGAUUUAAGGUUUUAUAUGUAAUUGUAAUUUACUUAUUUCUGUGGUUUAGUCCAUGGUUGGUGUGGUUUAGAAGUUGCGCCUGCGUAUCUAUCUAGUAAGGUUCGGGGAAAACCCUAAAAUGACUGAAUCACCGCCUAUCGGUAAUGAGCCUCCUGCUAAAAGAGCCCGCACUGAUGAUGAUGAAAAUGGUGAUGUGGAGAGAUAUGGUGAUAUUGAAAUGUACGCCGAUGAGCCAACCAUAUUAGAAUAUCUGAACAGUGAUGUCCUGGGCAUUAUAUUGGACAAAUUGAGUACUGAUGACAUUUUGGGCACAAUUACAGUUAGCAAGAAGUGGCGUAAUGCAAUGUUGGAAUAUUUGAAAGGUUCACAUUAUUGCUUCGAACACUACUAUUUGCCUAGAUUACAUUUCGUGCCCCGUCUCCUCGGUUUAGUAAGCACCAAUGACGUGCGUGGAAGUCGCUCCACGCCAUUUGAUACAUGUCUUGGAGAUUUGCGAAAUUUCCAAACUAAGAUCAUGGAGUUGGGCCCAGGCAUCGUCAAGAUUAUAUUGGAUUGCCUUAACCAGAACAGCUUGAGAACUAUAACCCAGAACUGUCCUAAUUUAAAAGAACUCAUGGUAGUUGCAAUGCAAGAACAUCCUACUCACGAGAUAGUAUUACGGAAUGGAACACGACAGUGUGAACCGCUGUCGUUUACCGAGGAGGUCCGGCAAUGCUUGAAGGAGUUGCAGUUGAAACGUGUCAUGUUCAUUGAUUGCAAGAUCGUCACCGAUGAAUAUGUCAGCGAAUUUCUUAAGAGCGACUCCAUUGAAGAACUAGUAGUCACCCGUAGUCUAUCAGUGGAAGGAGAUUGUUUGUCCUGUCUGAGCCAGAAGAAGGAAAAUAACUUAAAAUCCCUUCGUCUAGUCGGUUGCGGGUUGGAGAACUUGGACCCCGCCGUCGCUAAACACCUGACCAAUCUUAGAACACUCGACCUAAGCAACAACUCUUUAGAGUUACUACAAUAUUUACCCCCCUUGCUGGACAAGAUGUGUAAUUUGGAAAAUUUAUUUUUGAAUUGCUAUCCUAACGCUGGCUUGGGCGAGGGAUUUGUGGAGUGCCUCGGUCGGCUCGGCCGGCUGAAGCACCUCAGUAUGUGUUGGAACGAUAACGUGAGCGACGCGUGGCUGGAGGCGGUGGCGCGAGGAUGCCCGGGGCUGCAAACUUUGGACAUCGAGACAAAAAGUGAGCAGGAAUAUUUAUUUAUUGUGCACUUUGUAACUACUAACUCACCUAUUUAAGAGGCUGUCAACACCCAAUGUCCUUGAAAUUGAUAAACAGUUUUUUAAGAAAGA